GGGUGCCACGAAGGCUCAGUGGGCAACUGCGAGGCAACGAGCGCACGGACGGCCGAGGGUCACCUGCCCAGGACGCGAUGAGACCCGGAGAGGAGCGGCCGGUGGAGGAGGGCGCGUGCGUCUCUGUCUCCGAGCUGGAGCUGCUGAAGCGGCGCGCGGCAGAGCGCAUCGACGAGGCGGCCGAGCGCCUGGGGACCCUGAGCAGCGCCAUCUGGAGCGAGCCCGAGCUGGCCUACGAAGAGCACCAUGCCCACCGCGUGCUGACCCGCUUCUUUGAGCACGAACCCCCUGCCGCCUCCUGGGCGGUGCAGCCACACUAUCAUCUGCCCACGGCCUUCCGCGCCGAGUGGCAGCGGGCGGGCGGCGAUGCGCAAAGCGCCGCAUCGCGCCCGCUGCACCUGGGCUUCCUCUGCGAGUACGACGCGCUGCCAGGCAUCGGGCACGCCUGCGGCCACAACCUCAUCGCUGAGGUCGGAGCGGCGGCCGCGCUGGGCGUGAGGGGGGCCCUGGAGGCCUUCCCCGGACCGACUCCACCGGUCAAGGUGAUUGUUCUGGGAACCCCUGCAGAAGAAGAUGGUGGUGGCAAGAUUGAUUUGAUUGAAGCAGGGGCUUUUCAAAACCUUGAUGUUGUUUUUAUGGCCCAUCCGUCCCAAGAGAAUGCAGCUUAUCUACCAGAUGUGGCUGAACAUGAUGUGACUGUAAGAUACUAUGGGAAGGCUUCCCAUGCAGCUGCCUACCCCUGGGAAGGAAUCAAUGCCUUGGAUGCAGCGGUUCUGGCCUACAACAACCUGUCUGUGUUGAGACAGCAGAUGAAGCCAGCCUGGAGGGUUCAUGGUAUAAUAAAAAAUGGUGGUGUAAAACCCAAUAUCAUUCCCUGUUAUUCUGAAUUAAUGUACUACUUCCGUGCACCCUCAAUGAAAGAGCUUCAAGUUUUAACCAAUAUGGCAGAAGAUUGCUUCCGAGCUGCAGCUUUGGCUACUGGGUGCACAAUAGAAAUUAAAGGUGGAGCACAUGAUUAUUACAAUGUUCUUCCCAACAAGAGCCUAUGGAAAGCAUAUAUGGAAAAUGGAAAAAAACUGGGAAUAGAUUUCAUUUCAGAAGAUGCAACACUGAAUGGCCCUUCAGGAUCUACUGAUUUUGGAAAUGUGACCUUUGUAGUUCCAGGGAUCCAUCCCUACUUUUACAUUGGCUCUGAUGCCUUGAAUCAUACUGAGCAGUACACUGAAGCUGCAGGUGCACAGGAAGCCCAGUUCUACACACUGCGUACAGCCAAAGCUCUGGCAAUGACUGCAUUGGAUGUAAUUUUUAAACCAGAGUUGCUAGAAAGAAUCCGAGAGGACUUUAAAUUGAAACUUCAAGAAGAACAGUUUUUAAAUAAAGUAGAAUAAAAGACUUAGGAGUCAUUUAUGAAUCAUUAAGAAGCAAUCACUUUUCUCCUUUAUAAUCUUUUUUUAAUGAAAAGAUGCCACACUUGAUUUCCAGUCUUAAAGGAGUUAAAUUCCUCUCAUCCAACAAGUGAGAAGAAAAUAUUACUUCAUCGAAAUGAGAAGUGUUGCAGAUCUCCACUUGGUGGGACUGGGUACUUUGGAAGCAGGUGUGUGAUGCCACUGGAUGACACAUAGUUUACCAAUAUUAUUUUAAUACAUCUGUAUGGUAUGGAAGUA